UUCAUCUUCAAACCGUGCUCGAGUCCAGUUUAUUUCAUCAUCUCCCUCAUUUUGGAUAGUUUGAGGAUCAAUGAAAAUGUUGUCUUCUUGGUAAAUUUCUUGGUCUUGUUUCCACAACGGUUUCCCAAACAGGAUCUCUCAAAGACUACACAUAAUAACCAUGUCCAUCCUUCUUAUAACCAACACCUUCUCGAGCUGUGUCAUUCUCAUACCAUUUACAUUGAUAUAGCACAACUCGAAGCCUUUCCGUAUAACAAAGCUCAAUGUUAUCAGUGAGAACACAUAAUAAGGAAUUCCACAAUCGUUCUCCCCUCUCACCAAGACACAAUUGUUCUGACUCAUUUUGGUUGUCUCUUGUUCUCUAGUGUGAAUUCUGAAUCCAUUGAUGCAAUAACUUGUGUAGUGCAAUUGUCAUUGUGCAUUCUUGUAAUAUGCAGUAAUUGUUAAAAAAUGAUUCAAUUAGAAAGCUCUUUUACAAUUUAUAUAUCCAAUUUAAUGUUUAAUUAUAUGUGAAGUACCUCUGAUAAGAAGCACUUAACAGUUUAGAGAAUUCCUGCUUAUGCACUUCUUCAACUAUACCAGUACCUUGAGUACUUAACAGUUCCUUGUGAUAUUUAUAACAUGCAUAUAAAAUAGAUUUUAUUAACUGAUUUGUAUGAAACUUCUUCGAUUCAUUAAAAAAUAUUUUUAUUCAUGUCUCUUAUGUUGUCCUUUACACCAAUAGCACAAUCGACACCUAGAACAACAGUAACUCAUGAGGCUAAGAAUGAGACGAAAAUCUAUCUUCAUUCUCUCUAGCUGAUUUAAAAUCGUUUCCACUCUAGUCAAGUAAUGUAAGCAAAAUGCAACACAUUCAUCACCAAUAUAAGCUUCAAUGAUGGAUCCCUUUAUAUGCGCCUUGUUACGAACAUAACCUUUUUAACUUCUUCAAGUACAUAUAUUGUAUAAAAAAUAUGAAUUAAGUAUUUAUAAUUAUUGCUGUAAAUUGUUAGUGAUAUAAUUAAAAUAGUUGAAUGAUAAUACCUUUACAGAUGAUUGUGGAAAUAUGUGACUCCAUGAAAAAAUUGUUGAACUCAAUCAAUGCAUCAUAUAUUAACUUUGGAAAUAAGUCACGGGCUGCCAGCAGUAAUAAUAUCCCAAAAUAUUUUGAUCGUCAACAUUGAGAUAACGUGCCAUACUUGCACAGUAAUCAUCGUGUAUCCUUAAUUUUGAUAGAAAUUGGCACAAAGUCUUCUUCUCAUCCAUUGUCAAGCUAUAGGAAGCUCGAUAACUCUAUUCUCACAUUCUCUCUAUAUGAGAAGUUCUUUUCUUAUACCCAACUCCUCCAAAUCACGACAGACACUUAGACCAUGUUUUGUUUUGCCAUCAAUAUUCAUAAUGGUGCCAAGAAUACUAUCAAAGAAAAUUUUCUCUAUAUGCACAACAUCAAAAUUGUGCCAAGAAUACUAUCACAGAAAAUUUCAUCAUUAAAAGAAGUUCUACUGGUUCUGGAGUUUGGAGAGGAAUGCUUCAGUGAGAUCUUGGUUUCAAUUUUGGUUUACGGUUCAAAGUGUUGGGCAGAUUCUACGGGAAAGGAAGUUAAUGACGAAAUUUUCUGUCAAAACCAUCUGGAAGUCUAUUCGAGAGAGAGGUCCAACUGUCUUAUGGUAUAAUUUCUGGUGGGGAAAAUAUUGUAUUCAAAAGUAUAGAUUCUUGGCUUGGCUGAUCUUUUAAAACAGAAUAAGACCGCAUGAUAAGCUGCUUGAAUGGGGGAUUAUUGACUCAGAUUCUCUUCUCCUAUGUGGAGUUGAGCAAGAGACUCGAGAUCACUUGUUUUUGCUGUUAUGAGUAUUCUCUUAAGGUCUUUUCAGGUUUGCUUUGUGAUACCUGGUGCAGUUGGCGAAGAGACUGGUCUGGUUGUUUAGCAGAUAUAUGCAGCAGGGUGAGUAAGUCAGGGGCUGCUGGCCGAGUGUUUGGCGUUGUCUGGUGUUGGAUUAUUAGCAUGAUUUGGAAAGAGCGUUGCUCAAGGGUGUUUAGAGGUAAUCACAGUAGUUAUUGUGCGCUAAUCAGUGCUAUUCGCGAGGAUAUCAGAUUGUAUAGCUUAGGCAAUAGCGAUUUUUGUUCAGAUCUUGCAAAUAGUGGUUUUCUCAUUUGAGAGUUGCUGGCGGAGCCCUGUCUUCCCAGCUAGUUAGACUUGUAUUAUUUUCGAUGCUUGGCUGGUCUUAGUCAAGAGGGCUUAAUAAGAAUGUUCCAAUUAUCGAGAAUAAAAUUGUGGCGUACAUCUUCCUUAUCCACUCCAAGUCCAUGCCUAGAGGUAUGAACACUGCUUCUAGACCUGGCAAAUUACAACACGACCCGUUGACCUGACCCAAAACCGCCCGAAAACUACAAAUUUUUGUAACCUAAAAUCCGAAUGACUCAAACUUAACAACCCCUGAUUUUUUGGGUUAGGUUGGGUUGGUUAGUGGGUCGAACCGUUAGACUCGUUCCAUUUAAUAUAUUACUCCCAAAAUAUGAUAAAAUCACUCAUAAAUUGGUGAGAUGCUUAAAAAAAAUCACAAGGAUUUGAAUGACUUGUUUGGAGUUUAAGGAUAAUCAAAUAUCAUGUGUUUCUUGUAGUGGUAUUACUCUUGUGAUUGUUUUUUGAUGAUUCGCGCAAUUUAUAUUUUGCUUUAUUAGCGUGGAAGGAUUUGAUAAUAUGUUAAUUGACAUGUGUUAGGUAAACUAUUGUCAUGCAUAUGUGAAAAUUUGUGUUUUUAACGAAAAUAUGAUGCAUGUUUGAUAUUGUUUCUGAGAACGCUCAUAACCCGAAAUGACCUGUAACCCAACCCGAAACCGAAUGAGUUGGGUCAAUAUUUGACCCAAAAUAAGCCAAACAAACAUGACCCGGCCCGUAACCGAAAUUUCCAACCCGAAAUUACCCAACCCGACCUGAUUGCCAAGUCUAACUGCUUCAUUGAAUUUAGCACCUAAGACUUUGAAUGUAGAUAGGUUGACAACUUUUGGACCUAUUGCUUGUAUAAAUAUUUUCUAUAAUAUUGCAUCCAAAGUCCUACCAAAUAAAAUUCAACAAGUUCUUCCCUGUGUCAUAAGUCAGAAUCAGUCUACAGUCAUAAAAGGCAGAAGUAUCCUUGAUAACAUUUUAAUGGCUCAAGAAAUGGUUAAGAACUACUCCAAUAGAAACAUUGCCUCUAGAAGUGCAAUAAAGUUAGAUUUCCAAAAGGAUUUUGACUCGAUUGAUUGGGAGUACCUUUUUAUGGUAAUGCAAGCUAUGGAUUUCCUCGAGGUUUAUAUGAGUUGGAUUCGUGCUUGUCUCAGUACUGCCUUCUUUAGUGUGAGUUUAUUUGGUGCUCUGCUUGGGAAUUUUGAAGCUAAGAAGGGAGUUAGGCAGGGAGAUCCCCUCUCCCCAUACCUGUUUACAAUUGCCUUAGAACCGCUAACUGGCUUGCUUGAUGAGACAACUCAACAACUUAGUCUCCCAAUCACCCUCACUAUAAGGAGUUAAAUCUGACGCAUCUAUGUUUUGCGGAUGAUUUGCUCAACUUCGCUGAGGGAUCGACAAGAGCAAUAAACAGAGUAAAGGGCUUGCUUGCGUAGUUUUAUUGGAUGUCCGGUUUGAAGUGCAAUCCAAAUAAAUGUGAAAUGUUUUUUGACGGUCAGGCCAUCCAAUAGGAGGAAAAUGCUUUACUUCUUACGUGUUUUAAGGAGGGUCACUUGCCUGUUCGCUAUAUGGAUUUACCUAUGAUCUCUAGCAAGUUUAAUAACAGAGAUUGUGAAAUUUUGGUUGAUCGAUUAACUAGUCGGAUUAGGGGAUGGAGGGCAUGCAAGUUGUCCUAUGCGGGGCGCCUCCAACUUGUCUCUUUUGUCUUAUAUUCUCUUCUCCAGUAUUGCAUGACUAUAUUUGUUCUACCUAAGAAGGUAAUUGAGCGUAUUCAUACGAUCUGUUUAGACUUCUUAUGGUUUGGAGAAGGCACAGGAAAAGCGAAGGUUACCUGGGAUCUAUUAGUUGUGCUAAAAAGAGAGAGAGAGAGGUAUGGGCUUACAAGACCUUUGAACCUGGAACGUAGCUUGCAUAGCUCGCCUCUUGUGGAUGCUUUUCAUGCAGGGGAGCUUUUGGGUGGCAUGGAUAGGGCGUUACAGGCUAAAAGCGCAUUCUAUUCAGGAGCUGAAGCCUACUAUGACAGGUUUUUGGCUUUGGUGACAAUUACUAAAGCUUAGAGGAUGGUUCCAAUACAGAAUGACAGUCGAUACUCAGCAAAAUGUUCUCUGGGAAGGCAAGGUUAUGCACAAGUUUUCAGUGCAACAGGUUUGGGAAUCAAUUAGAGUCCACAAAUCUUCAGUUCCCUGGUGGCAGAUCAUAUGGGGCAGGUUUACUCUUCCAAGGAACAUGGUUAUAGUGUGGCUGAUCAUUUUAAAUUGCAUUGUAACGAGAGAUGCAGUGUGUGUGUCUGUGUGUGUUGUAUUCUAAGGAGGAGGAGAGUUGAUCUCAUUUAUUUUGUAAAUGUGAGUAUGCUGAAAGUCUUUUUUCAGCAGUUUUCGGCCGCGCAUUUCGAAGCUGGGGGACUGAUUGGGAGCAGCUGUUGCAGGAGCUCUAUGCACUUUCGAAGAAAGGUAUAGAAGGUACUGUUGUUAGUGUAGUUUGGUGCUGGAUAUGUAGUUUGGUUUGGAAGGAACGUUGCAGACGUGUGCUAGGAGAGCAGGCUAAACCAUGGAAUUUGAUUCUCUUGCAACCGCGUGAGGAGAUUAGGCUGCUAGCAAUUGGAGACACUUUCUUUAAAGAAGUCUUGUAGCAGAGUAGUAUUAUUGGAAACUUGCAUUUGCACUUCUAGCUUUUUCAAAUAGUUUUGUUGUAAGAUGUAUAUAUGAGUUUUUGUGCGACUUGAUCGAGUGAGCUUAAUGAUAAGACUAAUUAUCAGGUAAAAAAAUUGUGGCGUACUAGGAGUGAAGGCCAAUAUGGCAAUUCAAAGAAAAUAGACAUCUUUUCCAAUUAUGAGUUUUUCCAAACCCAUUGAUCUUUUUUACUCUUUCCCUUUAUGCCAAAAGUUGUUGUAUCUAACACAAUAAGUUGAUAUGAUACAUCUAGAGACGAUAAACGUUAUGGUGCAACUCUCUUCUCUGUCAUGGCAUUGAGUUCAUUCCUCUACUUGCGCCAUUUGUGAUCCGAUGGAAAAUAACGACGAUGAUCUAUAUAACAUACUUUGUCUUAAUUCUUUAACCUCAAAUGUGACGUUUUAUCUAUGCAAGAAGGACAUGCCAAUUUACCUUUUGUACUCCAACUAGAAAGGAAACCUUAAGCUAGAAAAUCAUUGAUAGUCCACAAAACUGCAACUUUCAUGUUGAAUUUCACUUUCUCGAAUGUAUUAUAAGUCAUAACGCAUCAUUCCACAAUGCCUUCAGAUCAUCAAUGAGAGGUCUCAAAUAAACAUCAAUAUUAUUGCAUGGGUCUUUUGUAUCAGGAAUGAGUAAACUCAAGAAUAAACAUAAACUCUUCAU